UAGCUUGCGUUGCUUGUGCAAAACUUUCCCAGGGUCUGCUUUCUCUCCUACUUUCUUUCUGAAUCUCUCUCUCUCUCUGCAGCAUCCCAAAAGCUACCUCAGUCAGUUUCAGAGUGGAAUUCCAACAGGAAAAAGCAGCCUCGAGCAGAUUCCGAACCUCAUCUCAGAGACCACUAUUGCUUUACAUCAUUGUAAGUACGAGACAACAAUCCGGGUUAUUAACUCGAGAAGAAGAAGGAACAAGGAAAGCAGAAGAAAAAAAUCAUGCGAGUAUAUAUAGACGAGUAAGCAGGCCACUCAACUUCCAGUUCAGUUGGAAUACUUUAAGUAAAUAUGCAAUCUUGAUCUCAAAUCUCGGUUCAAUUGACAAUUUGAGCUCGUAACAUAUAUAUUAUUGUCGUUUGAAAAAUUGAGACUUUGAUUUGGAAACUUGACACGGAGUGAUUUAUUGUUAUUAAAUUGUGAAAAUUGCGGUGGACGAAUCAGAAUUUGCUAGGAAGUCGAGUGGAUUUGUGCAAACAUAGCGGAACAAUUACUAAGAGGAAUACUUUCUCUUUGUUGUGGUGCUCCUCUUUGGAGGUUGAAGUGGUCACGAAUGAAUAAUAGAAACACUUGAGAUUAAAAACAAGCUCAUGAUACAUAUUGUGUGCUAAGAGGGCAAGUUUCUUCUUAAAAGGUGCGGUUUUUAGGGAAAAUUAUCUAUUCUGGUACAGAAUUGGUAUGCCUGGGGAGAGGAAUAACUUUUCAGACGUCAAGAAUUCCAAUUACAAUUCGUAUAAAAAUCAUCAGAAUUUCGCCUCUCUUUCCGUCAUCUGACUUACUUACUUUCACCGACUCGUAUCAUCGUGAGGAUCUUGUGGCAACCCUUGCACUCCGACUCUUGCACCCUUGCUUUGCUACAGAAUCAUGAGGAGAAAAUGAGACAAGCAGUGAAUUCCGAGUGAUAAGGUUUAAUUUCACUCCUCUCGAGUGAAAGUGGAUCGCAAAACGGAACGAAAUCUGACACCAAAAGUUUUCUCUCUCCGAUUCAUUUCCUCUCCUCACAUUGAGACAUUGUUGAUAAAGAAUUUUAUCUUUUUACGAUAUCGUAAUUUCCGACGGUGUGGCAUUGAAAACAACACAUAGAAAUAUUUCCUAACGUAUUUUCUUACCCUUCAAAAAAACAAACAUUCUAUGUACGUACGUACAAAUGUAUGUACGUACGUCAUAAAAAAUCCAAAAAAUCAAGAAGCAUCAAUAAUUUUGCAACAACCAAGACCUCCCUUUGGACACAGACGGGCAGGAUUUUCCCUAAAAGUUGGAAAUAAUCUCGUCUUCUAACAAAGAGAGAAAAGCGAGGCUGAGUUACACAGUUACACACACACAAGUAGAGUCACGACCACUUGUGUACCAUAAAUAUUUGAUCAUUUUUCCUCUUUCCUCAUCCAACGAUCCAGCCCACACCACGAUACGACUUUGAGACUCAUUUUAUCCGUCAGUCGAGCUUUCCACUUCAUGUCCAAAUACAUAGUCCAUUUAUUUAUACACGGGCAGCAGCAUUUCACCAUCCGUCCCAGUCCGAGCUCAACAUCCUGUGAAAUCGAAAUGAAGAAAUGAAAGGGAAAGUGAUCUUCUAAUGGUAUAAUAAAUACGUCUAAAAGCUUGCCCCCACAGGUACAGUUUCCUUCCUUCCUUCCCAGGAAAUCCCGGUAGGUAGUCCUCAACAGUUUUAAAGAAGAACAAAAAAAGUCAACUUUCUUUCUCUUUCGACUUUCCUUUAUUCGUUGGCAUUCAAAACGAGCAAAUAUUCGUCACGAGGAGGGUGAGAAACUUGAGUGAAAGUUAACUUAACAAGGCAGGGAGGAAACCCGUGAUGUGUUUUUAAAGUGUAUGUGAAUGACUCAAGGACGACGACUUUCUCUUGUUGUUGGGAAGAGGAAGAUUAGGAAAUUUAAUAGAUUUUGUGGUGGGGAUUCUACAAAAGUUGUGUAUUCAGUGGGAUGACGUAUGUAUGUAUGUACAAACAUCUUUAUUGGUAAUCGUUUGAGGGGACUUUCUCCAAGUCAACUGUACUGAGUAAUUAAACCCCAAUAAAUAUUUGCAUUUCGAGAGAAAUAAAGAAUCGGGAAGAGUAAAUAGUAAUAAAAAAAAGUUCAGUGAGAUGAACGCACAUCCUUCAGCCUCAAGCUCAAAGUCUAAUGAAUCAAAAUCAUCUGAACUUGAAGAGGUUCAAAAGAAAGUGGACGAGGUAACGGAUGAGUCGCUUCAAAGCACUCAAAGAAUGGUGGAAUACUGCGAACAGGCAAAGGAGGCCGGGAUAAAAGUGAUAGUGCAAUUAGACAAUCAAAAGGAACAACUGGAUCGCAUUCAGGAUGGGAUGACUAUCAUGCGUUCAACGCUGAUUAGAGCUUCGGAGAAUUUGCGAGGAAUGGAAAAAUGCUGUGGACUCUGCCCAAAUCCGUUUAAAAAGUCUCAAGUUGGGAACGACUCGAGUUUGUGGAGAGAUGAAAGUCAGGGCCACGCAGCAGCUUCUUCCCGGAGGACAAAAGCUCAAAGAUCUGCAACAAGUGCGGGAUACAUUGGAAGAUACACUAAUGAUGAGAGGGAGGAAUUGAUGGAGCAGAAUAUGGAAGUCGUCUCCACCGUGUUGUCAAACUUGAAAAACAUGGCCAUAGAUAUGGAGACGGAACUAGGCGUGCAUAGCGAGCAAGUCAAACUAAUUAAUAAUAUGGCCGAGGCGAACAACCUCCGUGUCAACGACGCUACUCGUAGAACACACGACCUCACUAAAGAUAACUGACAGGCGGAUUCGACUAACUCGCUUAAAUUGGACAAGUAGUGGUUUCGCGUGGGGGUCGUGGUCGUGGUGAAAGUUGAUAUAUUGUAUACGCUUUAGAAAAUAUAAUAAAAAUAUAUACUCGUCUAUCACCGGAAAUAGUACCACUGCAUAGAUUAAUACGCAAGUGGGAAUAUAAUGUAUAAUAGAUUAUACCCUCCUGAAUAUAUCAGUAUGUAAAUUAGUGUAUACAUAAAUUAAUGGUUAGUUUUGAAGCAAGAUUGAAACAAAUCACUUCUUUACAGCACCGAUGCAAAUUUUCAAUGCUAUUUUUCUGAGAACCUGCAAAUAGUAGUUUGUAUGUACAUAUAUAUUUGCAAGGAUAAACUGACCCCUCAUUAUUAAGGACGAUUGUACCUGCAUGGAUUGAAUACUUUGCCCAUGAAGUUCUGUGUGCUACUUAUAUUAAUCGAAUUCUACCUGAACCAUGGCCUCUUAAUUGUUGCGUGGAUUUUCAUAGUUUUCUUUAUUAAAUAGCAACUACGAAUGUAAAGUCUCAAAAUAUAUACUUGCGUACCUUAUUAUACUUUAAUAAUUACUAAAUAAUAUCAAAGUAUGAUUGUCUCCCUAUAAAGAAUAAAAUGUGAUUAAAGACAAUCAGGAUAUUGGCCAGUAUCAUAAGAGAAGAAAAUGUAGUAGCAAUAACUUGUGAAUUAAUAAUAAAGUGAAUAACUUAAA